GUCCAGCCCAGCAGCAACCCUGGGCGUGGCAAGGGUCCCUGGCCAGGCAUGCCCAGAGCUGUUACUUGGCCCUGCAGGGUCUGGCGGAGCAGCCAGGAGGAUGCCUCCUACUUAACCCUCGGCAAGCUGCGGGGAGCUCCAGGGCUGGUGGGGUCUGGAGAAGCUGCCUUGAAGUUGCUUGGACUCUGGGAAAGGCCAUCGGGAGCAGGCUCGGGCAGGAAGCCGAGUCCCCGGGGAGCCGGGAGCUGCGGUUCCCGAGCCAGUCACGUCCUGCGCGCGGGGGGCGGGUAGCCUGGGCCGGCGGGUAUUUGGGGAAGAGGCCCAUUUCGAGGCGCUUCCAGUGGCUCUCUUGCGCAAGUGACUUCAGAGCCCAGUUCUGGGGCUGACUUGUGGGCCCAGUUCUGGGGCAAAGAAAGAUGCCUGCCCUUCACAUCGAGGAUCUGCCGGAAAAGGAAAAGCUGAGGAUGGAGGUUGAGCAACUUCGCAAAGAAGUGAAGUUGCAGAGACAACAGGUGUCUAAAUGCUCUGAGGAAAUAAAGAAUUACAUCGAAGAACGUUCUGGAGAGGAUCCCCUGGUGAAGGGGAUCCCAGAAGACAAGAAUCCCUUUAAAGAAAAGGGCAGCUGUGUCAUUUCCUAAUUAACUCUGGGGCAAACUCCGUUCUCAGCUGGGGCAGGUUGUUCUUUGGUUUAAUCUUCCCCCAAAUGAAGCCGAGGUGCGUGUUCAAGAAGGAAAAAAUGAAAUUGAGAGACUGGCAAAAACACUCUUCAAGCAGGUCAUGUACGGAACAUAUCUGCUUCUUGUCUUUGCUCAUGACACAUGCUCUUCAGAGGGUGGAACAUCCGAUGUGCACCUUUGGGAUGAAAGCACGGCUCUCCCCUUUCCGUAUACUGCUUGUUGCCUCCAAUAAAGUUUUGUCUUGGGG